CCUUCCCCGGUCCAUUGCUAGGCGUUGCUUGUUGCACGUGGACGAUGGAGAAUUGAGAUCAGUGCCGCCACUGUUACGAAAGACAACAGAUUACAGCCCUGCGUAAUGAAGAUAACCAUUAGGCCCUAAACAAUCACGAAACAAGAUCACACAGAUUCCUCGUCUUUGAUCGAGAAAUACAGCGCUUGGAGAAGAGCGACCUUGCCAAUGUUACGCAUGCAGCACUGAGCUUUCAGGCGCAUUGAGGCGAUAAACCUAGUCUAUCGCUUUGAUGACAAUAUUCCUAUCUCUACCAUAUCGGUAAUUCUUGACAGAGACGUCUUGGCUAGUAAAGCUUUUGUGGAAAGUCGCGAUCAUGGUAAGAAGCUAAGAGCAUGCUGACACAGAUGCGACUGCGGACGCCUUCUGACUGUCUCUUUCCCUUCGACCACCACCACCACUGGUCAAGAUAAUGUCCCGCCUGGCUCGAUACGCUAUCCUUAUCCUAGCGGUCCUUGUAGGCGUGCACUACACCCUCUCUUUCAUCCACGAUGAGUAUCGCCAAGCUACCGCUUUCUCGAAUAUCGCCUCGAAAUUUCGAGGUGGCGACGACGACUUUCCCUACUAUGAUGACGAGUCGACGUCCAGCUCCUACACUCCACGGCCAAAUCCAAGCCCAGAAUCGCAGUCGUCCGGGCCACGGCUGGCCAACGCGACAUUCGUAAUGCUUGCAAGGAACUCUGACCUUGACGGUGCCAUGCGAGCUAUUCGUGCAAUCGAAGACCGGUUCAAUACGCGCCAUGGGUAUCCGUAUGUCUUUUUGAACGAUGUUGAAUUUUCGAGCGAGUUCAAAAGACGAAUGUCUGUACUGACAGGAUUCAAUGCAGCAUUUGGUGUUAUACCGAGCGACCAUUGGAACCAGCCAGAUUGGAUAGACGAGAACAAGGCGACGGAGGCAAGGAAAUCUUUGGUAGCAGCGAAAGUGAAAUAUGGAGGUGCUGCAGAUAGUGUAUCUUAUCGAAAUAUGUGUCGAUUCAACUCGGGAUUCUUCUUCAAACAUCCUCUAAUGCAAAAAUACCGCUGGUACUGGCGUAUCGAGCCGAAUGUUCAAUUCCACUGCAAUAUCUUGAAUGAUCCCUUCUUAUUCAUGGAGGAGAACAAUAAAGUAUACGGCUUUACUAUUACCGUAUAUGAGAUCGCUGCCUCCAUUCGGUCACUAUGGGGGCACGUCACAGACUUCAUCUCUCAACACCCUGAACACAUCGCAGAAGACAACUCUAUGGGUUUUCUCUCAGGAAACCGUGGCAAGACAUAUAACACUUGCCAUUUUUGGAGUAAUUUCGAGAUAGCUGACAUGGAUUUUUGGCGUGGGCCUGCUUACACUGACUUUUUCGAACAUUUGGAUAAGAUCGGCGGGUUCUAUUACGAACGCUGGGGCGACGCGCCUAUCCACAGCAUCGCGGUUUCGCUUUUCCUCCGAAAGGAUCAGAUACAUUUUUUCGAAGAGAUCGGAUACCAGCAUGAUGACUGGAGCCACUGUCCUCUUUCCGAGGAUAUAUGGGUCAAAGGCCGGUGCUCAUGUGAUCAGAAACAUAGUUUCGACUAUGAUGGAAGUUCGUGUAAGAGAAGGUGGGAUCGGUUCAUGAAUGGCUCGUGACGCUACGUGUACUUAACCAUACGCAUUUCCAUUGUCAUUUCCUAUAUCAUUAUUUUAUUCCGUCUUUCAUCAAUUUCGAUUGUAGGUCCUAUUAUUCGAAACUCUCAG